CAAGCCCCAUCUCAUGCAAGACGUCCCUGAGAAUAUCAGCUGGUUUUCCUUUGUUCCUGUUCUUCCUUGGCUCGGACACAAAACUGAAAAUGUCCUGGACGCAGACUGUUCUUUUCACCUGUCUUGUUGUAGUGCUUUCCCUCACCUUAUUCCAAGGGACUGACUGCGCCGCUGUGUCGGAUAAGAAGGAUUCAAAGGCAGCCAACCCUCAAGGUCCACUGCAGAAGAUCUUCCUGCCUGAAGCGGAUGCCUACAACUUCUUCAAACGGCGAGGCAGGAGAGCUGUGAAAAGUCAGGAUGAGAUAAAUGCUGAACAGAGACAGAGACUGGCCGCAGACAAAAGGAAGAGAGAGUAUCAUGAGGAACAGAGGAAUGAGUUUGAGAAUUACGCUGAAGAGGAACAUGACGAGCAAGAUGAGCGUACCAGAGAGAAUACAGAGCAAUGGAGAGAAUUCCACAACGAUGGACUCGACCCGUCUUAUGAAUACAACAGACACACAGUCUAAAACAGCAUGGAGAUGGAAGUAGGAGACGAGGACCCAACCAGCAACUUCUACAGAUGCUGUGCUCCAUCAAGCAGAGACCAAAAUUAACAUUUCAGAUCUUGUUUCUCUAAAGGGGUUUUGGCACAAUGUUUGCAGUAUACAUGCACGUGCUAAAGUGGAUAACAUUGUAGGCCCAUUUGGGUAAAACUAUAUUCAUGCAUGUAGAAAAUAUGUAAUCCAUGUAUCAUAGUUCUUUAAAAAGAUGUACAUUAAUUCCAAGAUUUUUAUAUAGGCUACUCUUUACCCUUGUAGGGUCAUUCCGUGUCAACUCAACCAGAGGUCCCAUUUCUUUUUCUGUUGAAAGAAAUACAUAAAUGAAAAUGAAAGCCAAAAUAUUAAAUGCCAUGGAUGAAUAUUUACUGAGUAAUCCACUAUUUUGUAGAGGGGGUCAAAAUGACAAUUUUCACCUAUGAUUUUGGAGCAAAACCACAGAAACGAAAAAUAACCUUAGAAAGAUGGCAGCAUCGUUAUGUUAUUUUUUACACAUAAAUAGGACUGUUAUUAAAAUGGUGACAGUCAUUUUCCAAAGUUUGCAUGCCUGUAACUCAAAAAGUAUUAAACA